AGUAACAGCUCCUUUUUAUUGAUACCAGAAUAAACAGGAAUGCUAAGCAGCCGCACUCGUUGGCUCAUUUCAGCUGCCUCCCAGCCCCAGGGCUUUAAGAACCUCCCUUUGGAGGCGGCCCUCCUGGCCAGCCUGGGACUUCUCAGUGCAGUGAGGAGCCAGCAGCCCUGCUCCUGACUUCCCUCUCCAAGGACCAGCGUGAGCACCUCCAUGUACUCAGAGAUCCAGAGGGAGCGGGCGGACAUCGGGGGCCUCAUGGCCCGGCCGGAGUACAGAGAGUGGAACCCCGAGCUCAUCAAGCCCAAGAAGCUGCUGAACCCCGUGAAGGCCUCCCGGAGUCACCAGGAGCUGCACAGAGAGCUGCUCAUGAACCACAGAAGGGGCAUCGGCGUGGACAGCAAGCCCGAGCUGCAGCGGGUCCUGGAGCACCGCCGCCGGAACCAGCUCAUCAAGAAGAAGAAGGAGGAGCUGGAGGCCAAGCGGCUGCAGUGCCCCUUCGAACAGGAGCUGCUUCGGCGGCAGCAGAGGCUGAAUCAGCUGGAAAAUCCACCGGAAAAGGAAGAGGAGGGCGCCCCGGAAUUUAUCAAAGUCAGGGAGAACCUGCGGAGAACCGCCACGCGGGCCAGUGAGGACAGAGCCGUGUAGAGCCCCGCGCUGCCGGCCUGGCCCAGACCCCUCUGCAGCCGCCCCUGGCCGUCCACGAGGCUGACACCUGCUCCCAUAGAUGCGCUGCCCCGGGGAGCUAGGCGGCCCUGGGGACCCCUGAGCUCCUGGCCUUUUCCUUCUGACCGUUGGCCCUUCCCGCCCCCAGAUGAAGCCACCGCCAGGAAAUCCUGCCCACGCCCUCCCCGAGUCCGAGCCCCGCAGCGGAGACCCUCCCGGCAGAACUGGAAGGGAAGGACAGGUCUUGGGAACGGUUCUGUGUGUGGCUUCACCGCGGUGCAGGUGUGCGGCAGAGCUGAGUUUCAAGGACACCUGCCUUGAAAGCCUCCGAGCCGAGACAGCUGCGGGUGGUGAGGGAGGGCAGGGCGGGGGACAAACCCAGACAGGUUUGCCAGGCUCCGCGUGCACGCCUCCCUCACAGCCCUCCUUCAGGCCCCGUGCGCGCUCCUAGCCAGCCCGCCGCGGUCGGCUCCCCGUUCUCACCGCGCUUCUCCGAGCUCUCUGCGCACAGGACUCACUGGGAUCGUGCGGAAAUGGCUUCGGUCAGUGCAUCUGGAGCUGAGGCUCCGCGUGUCUUCCAUGCUGCCGGUUGAGGGGGCUCCGAGGGCCGAGUGGCAGGGCUGGGGAUUGGGUCUCAGCGAGAAAGAGCGUCCACUCCCACCGUCUUCUGCCCUGGGGGCGCCCAAAGCCACCCCGGAAGCCCCGCCCCGGGGACUCCUGGCUCUGGGAGACUUGCACCUCACAAACUACGUGGGUUACGCGAUUGUCACUUUCCCCGGAGACACCCAGAAUUGCCAACCUCCGUUUCCCAGUGUGACCACCCCGUUAUGUGAGUCUAGCCAAAAGAAAAAAUAACUUCACCUGUUCUACAGCCUUUUUGGAAAGCAAAUGUAUAGUGAUUUCCAGCGGGCUUCUGGACACAUAAGCAGUAGCCUGAAGACCCCCUGGGUGCUGACAGACUGGCCUCCCUGAGCCCAUGUUUCCUGCCUCUGACCCCUGGGACCCCUGGAAAAACCUGGCCCCUGCAGUACACCCACCCAUUCUUCCUGUUCCAGACCCAGAUGUUUUAUCCUUGACACCUAUGCCAUUUUAAUAAUUGAGGGAAUAAGCCUGCCCUGCUUCUUCUCCCCUGAAGCACAAAACCCCUGCCUCAGGCUUUGUAAACCAUUCCUUGAAGAUGACAGAACAGCCGGGUAUGGUGACACACAGAGACAAUCCCAGCACCCAAGGAGGCUGAGGCAGGAAGAUCACAAGCUCAAGGCCAGCCUGGGGAACUCAGAAAGACCCUGUCCAGAAAUGAAAAGGGUUAGGCAUGUGACUGACAAUGCUGCCUGGCGUAUGCAAGGGGCUAGAUUCUCUUUCCAGCACUGCCGAGAGAGGCAGGCAAGCCGCUGUCCGGAUGCAGUAGGAACACCAACGGAAUGCUCGAGGUCCCACCCAGCCCUCAGAGCCGGCUCCGUGGAAAUGAAGCUGCAGAAGUAGGAGGGACCACAAGCAUCCAGUCAUCUAGCAGGUCCAAGACACCCUGGCACGCCCCCUGCUGGCCAUUCCCGCAUCCACCUCUCUACCCACUUCCCAUGAGACAGGCUAUACAUCCAGAUUCUCAGGGCUCCAGUCCGCUUCACAGCUUGGGGUGACCAUGUGACCAGGGAUGGCCAAUGAAACUGAAGUGGAAGUCUACAGGGGCUUUGGGAAAGCUUGUGCUUUUCUGAUUUAAAAAAUUAAAAAAAAAAAAAAAGACACAUGGCUAACUUCUUCCCUAUACCCUUCCCUUCUUCCUGCCUUGAUUGAGGAUGUGAUGCCUGGAACCAUAGCAGCCACUUUGCUACAUGAGAAAAAGGCCAAGAGAAUCACAGAGAUCCUUUGACCAAGCCAAUGGCAGCAGCUAUCCGUCUCAAGCAUUCUUGUAAAUAAUAAUAAAUCCUCGUUUGUCUAA